AUGGGGUGGGGCGGGCGCAAGCGAUUCCUUCCCUCCCGGCCAGGCUGCGCGCCAAGUUGGGACAGGAGGGGGGAAAUGAUGGGCUCGGAGGACGGCAGGAGGUGGCCAGAAAGAGAGGCACUCACCGUUGUAGGGAAGGGCCUGGGAAGAGCAGAGUUCCUGUCCCCAAAGCGAGCCGAAAUGAGGUCCCCAGAGCGGGGCCCCCGGAAUUCGAAAAUGAAGACAGUGCAUUUCUCUUUGGACCCCCAAGGAGCGAGGAAGGGAGCCGAAAGGGAACCGGCAGCUAGGGCUUAUUCGGCAACCGGCAAGGUUCAGCCGAUCCAGGUUGGACCGGCCGGGGCUGGGGUGAGGUGCGACCCCCAGAGUUGCUGGGCAGCGCCGAGACCCAAGGAGCAGAAAAUAGAGAAAUUGCGAAAACCUUCCGCAAGGGGACGCCAUUUCCGCGUGGCGCAGGACCCUAGCACUGCUAGCGCUGCCGCCUCGGCAGUCAACCUCUGUGAAUCACACGGGGACCUUGGAGAUGAACUCUUGGAUUCCCAGAGCAAGUUUGCCAAGGACUCUGGGAGUUCCACUGCACCGUCUGUUAGUUUAAUAAAUAUAAUUUUCAAGCCACAGAUGCUAACAAAGUCAGAGACGACCUUUAAAGAAAAGACCAUGACGGAGCUGAGGAAGGUGAACAGCCGAAUAAAACAAACUCGAAUGCAGCAAGAAUCAGUAAUGCAGGAAACCGAGCAGCUAUACAAUGAAAAGUUACUUGUCCAGACUGAAAACCAAUUCUUUCUGGAAUACCUAGACAAGGAAAUUGAGGAGUACAGAAGGAAGCCUGAAGAGCUAUGGGAACAUUAUUUACAAAAAAGUGAGGAGAUUGAACAAAGGAGACAAGAAUCAGCCUCCAGAUAUGCAAAACAAACCUCAGUGUUUAAAGGGGAGCUCUUGCAGAAGGAAAACCUCCAAUCCAAUUUAAAGCAGCAGUUGCAGGCACUGAGGGAUGUUUCCCUAGUAAAGGAGAAACAGGAGAGAGAAAUACAGAUGUUACAGGAGAAGAAAAAGGAAGCCCAAGCUGAGAUCGAUGCAAAGAAAUUGGAAGUCCAGCUCCAGAUGGUCCAGGAAAAAGCAUUACUGGAAAAACAACUGAGUGAGCCAGACCCGAGGCAGUUGGGAAAAAGAAAAAGAGAAGAGCUUGAAAGGAAGGCCCAGGCCUUGGAGGCAGGAGCAAAGCAGUAUACUUUUGAGUUCUACCAUGACAUGAGGAGAGAGAACGAGCAGUUAAAGAAGGAAUUACAGCAACAAACUCAGCAUUGCCAGGAGUUGGAGGCUAUUAGGAGCUGGCUCAAAAAUCAAAAGCGGCAGCUCCAGCAGGAACAGUGGUAUAUGGACUGCUUAGUCCGGGGGAGGAACCGACUCCAGGGAAGGCAUAACCCGUGCCCAGGACAGGGUGCUCCAAAGACCACAAUAACACCUCUCCUAAUCACCAAAUCAAAUAUUAAUCCAAAGCAAUUCCCAAAACAACACUGAUUAUAUAAGGACUGGAGUAAGAAUUCUCACGUGCUAUAUAGACCUGGUUAGGAAGGCUUUGGGAUCUGACUGCUAUGGUAAAACAUCCAUCGUGAUGUGUUAGUGUGAAAGAUUAGGUGUGAAAGAAAGAUUUUUUUUCCAAUAGUACUGCUAGGUAUUUGUGUGAGUGGCAUGCCUUAAUUAGAUUUUCCUUUAAGUAAUCUUGUUGAUGAACAGGAUGUUCCUCAAAUCUCCAGAUAACCUGAUACCAUUCCCUAAACACCUGUACUUCAAACUAGCUCAAGGAAACCACCUUGAGGAAAUGAAAGGAAAAAGGUUGUGUGACUUCAUCUAGCUAAAUUAGAUUUCUUUAUAUAGAAAACACCUUUUAAGAAUAGCAUUUCAGAUUGACUUUAUAUAGUGCCUUCUGCUCUUUAAACAACCAAUUAUCCUCAUGCCUCUUGACCAGCUCCACACAAAGGCAAAGUGUUUUUUAAGCUUUUUCAAGUUCACAAGCAGUGGCCAAGCACUUCCCCCAAUUUUGUCAAGAGUGAAAAAGUAAACUGCAAGUCGGAGAAGAGCUAGGAAGAAAAAAAAGCACUGGGCAGAACGACCUUUUGUCUGAUGCUCUGCCCCUCAACUGGGUAAAUUGAGAAGGGAAGAGCAGAAAGGGGAUGUAUAUUCGGUCAACUACUUUUGACAGUCUUUUCUGUGAAGAAACACUUCUGGCAUUAAUGAGGUGACUGAAUGCCUCUGCUUGUUUUAGGAAAAGGUAUCAAGAAAAGUGUUAAAAUAUUUGGAAGACUUUUUUAAAGAGUCUUAUAUCUAUUUCCCUAACAUUCUAAAUUCUAAGAUAACAAGAUCACUUAAUUAAGUUAACUAUAAUAGGUACUUCAAUUUUAGGUCACUUAUUACAUUUUCUUCUGUGUGCACUUGAUAGUACAUGAAAUGCCUUUUGUAAUUAAUAUGUGCCUUGUAUUUAUGUCUAUUUAGAACUGGAAACAAGAUUUUUAAUUAGUACAGACGUUUAGCUUUUGAAAUUUUUUUGCACUAAAAAAUAUAAAAUAAACAUUUUUUACACUUACAACUUAUGAUUAGACUAUUUGAAUGCUAAAUCCUAGUACAGGGAUAUAACCCCAUAUUUUAACAUCACUCCUCUAUGGGGAAAUAUAAUCCAACCUUAUGUUUUCUAGAAAUUGUCAGUGAUAAGAAACUACAAAAUAAUUUUCAUGAAUUUUGUUUUAUUCCUAUGUAAAAUGAACUUAAAAUUGGCUUAAAAAUUUUUUUCUCCCUCAAUGCCUUUUACCUCUAGCUUUAACAAUUUUGUUAAAUGUGUAUGGUUAUUAAAAAUAAAAUGUAUAUUAAUAUAUCU